GGCGACUUUUCUCAAUUUUCCGCAUAGACGGAAAUAAAUAAGAACAAAGGAGAUAACGAAUCGUUUCUCUUCGAUCUCAAGUGUCAAAAAGAAUUAUUAUUCUCUGAAACCUACUCUGUUUUUUUUUUUUGCUCGUUGGAUAGAAUGGGAACGGUUCUCGAUUCGCAUUUCCUGGCUCUCACUGCCAUCGUCACUGUGGUUUACCAGUUCAUAUUCUUCGUAAUAACCGCUCUAUUCAAAAUCGAUCAAGUCACUGAUUUUGCAGGAAGCACAAACUUCGUUAUACUUGCUGUAUUGACUCUUGUUCUUAAAGGCACUUGGCAUUUUCGGCAGAUAGUCUUGACUUUGCUAGUUGUGGUAUGGGGUCUUCGCUUGGGGAUAUUCCUUCUAAUGAGGAUCUUGCAAUGGGGGGAAGAUCGACGCUUUGAUGAAAUGCGUGGGAAGUUGGUGAAACUAAUAGUUUUCUGGACUUUUCAGGCCGUGUGGGUUUGGACGGUGAGCUUACCUCUUACAGUUGUUAACGCAAGUGAUGGUGGUGGAUCUCUUAAACCCACAGAUGUAAUCGGUUGGACAAUGUGGGUUUUCGGUUUCUUGAUUGAAGCUGCAGCUGAUCAACAGAAGCUCUCUUUUAAAAACUCUCCAGAAAACAGAGGAAAAUGGUGUGACGUUGGAGUGUGGAGGUUUUCUAGACAUCCAAACUACUUUGGUGAGAUGUUACUGUGGUGGGGUAUCUUUGUGGCUGCAUCGCCGGCUCUACAUGGUGCAGAGUAUCUUGUCAUAUUCGGACCAGUUUUUCUCACCUUGCUACUUCUGUUCGUCAGUGGCAUACCAUUACUCGAGGCAUCGGCUGACAAAAAGCAUGGCAACUUGGGAGCUUACCGUUUCUAUAAGAAAACAACAAGUCCUCUGAUUCUGUUACCGAGAGGAGUGUAUGGGAACUUACCAGGAUGGUUUAAGGCUGUGUUUCUCUUUGAGCUUCCAUUUUACAGCCGGAAUCUCCCUGAAGAAACGCCUGUUUAAAAGUUAGAGGAGACAUCAACAAAGGCAAAGAGAUUCUACGUAAAGAUUACUGAUUUGUGGGGAACAAAACACAUUCUUAGUUUAUAUUUUCUGUUCUUACAAUACUCUGAUAAAAUUGUGUAAAACAAUUGCUUGUAAGACAUCAAUAACAAGAACCGGAUCUCAGAUUGUGUUAUGUCUUAAAA